AUGGCCAGCAGUGCAAGGCGUCGGAAGAUUGCUAUCCUGGGCUCUCGCUCUGUCGGAAAGUCAUCCUUAGUCAAACAAUUCAUCGAGAACCAGUUCAUCGACUCGUACUAUCCAACGAUAGAAGUCGCAUAUGUCAAGAGCAUUGUCUACAAAGGGAACGAAUAUGUCCUGGAAAUUUUUGACACAGCCGGACAGGACGAGUACACCCCUAUAAAUAGUCAACAUGCUAUAGGGAUACACGGAUACGUUCUUGUCUACUCAAUCGCCUCAAAAAUAAGCUUCGAAAUGAUUCAAAUCAUUCAUGAAAAGAUUAUUGACUUUUCUGGGUUGACGGACAUACCUUGCGUCAUUGUGGGCUCAAAGUCGGAUCUGGAAUCCAGCCGACAAGUCAAUGCAAGUGAAGUUCAGCAACUUGCUCAAACACUCAAGGCUGGCUGGAUAGAGGCAAGUGCGAAGAACGAUGUCAACGUUGGUGAGGGCGACUUUCUUGUUUCCCCGGCCGCCCCCACUUCUCACUCACCCUUGCCUCUUGCCUUUUGGCUAGCCAAAGCAUUUCAGCUUUGUGUACAAGAAAUUGAAAAACGACUGAAUCCGUCGAACCAGCAAGAGGUUAAAACCGGUCGUUGUAUCAUGAUGUGA